AUGUCUUCGGGAGAGGACGAUUAUCGAUGGAAUGCGUUUCGUUCACAUAAGAGAGCAACUGCUGAGAGGCCAUCACUAACACCAUGGAUGAUUACUUCACUACAAGUAACGAAGGCAAGUUUUCGAUACUUGAAAAAUCAUGACCCAUUUACGAGUACUAUAAUUUUUGGAAAAGUGUUUAAAAUUUAUGGCAGCAUAAAUUGGUUACCUUCAUCUCCAAUAUUCUCAUUCGACCCACGUAUGAGUGAUAAUCGUCUCACGUCGAUCGUUGUACUUGAAACUCUUCGUGCCCUUGGAUUAUCUUUGCUUGUCUUUACCGUAUUUCCACAGCUGGAUCUAUACCGAUGUUUGUACCUUUGUGCCUGUUUUCCCGUUAUUACUGCUCUUCAAAGGCUUUUGUCUGACGUUUCAAGAACCUUCAGGCCAGGUCGCUCAUUUGGAGCACGGAUGCUUCUAUCGGUGUUCACCUUGCCUCACCUUGUUUUAUUCUUGGUCUUUCUUAGCUCUUUAAUAUGCGUACUUCAGGGAGCUUGGGUCCUUCCUCUGAGCUUACUCACGAUAUCUACUGGUUUUUGGGAAUCAUGGGUGAGCACACAGCAUUCGGGUACAACACUUCAGGGACUUUAUCAGGUUUCUAUGUUUCCUACAAUAACCACUCAUACAUUCAUGCAUUGGCGCUUGUUAACGGCUUCCUUGGGACUUCUCUUACUAAACGUUUCAUUGCGUGGUUGUGCUCGGUUCCUUUCCGCAAUCGGAAUGCGGGCUUUUUCCCUACUUCAUCCGGUUACUGUAGUGCCUGUAGUCGGUUAUGUCAUUGUAUCCUUCAUAUGCAAUCAAAAGAUCUGCGAAAUUUCAGAGUUUCUUUCGAGAGUGGGCCUUCGGUGGAGUUGCGACCGAUGGGGAACGACACUACCAUUCAACGACUGGUACAUUUGUAUGGUAUGGCUUCUGAUAGGUGCAUAUCGAGGGUAUAAUUUUGCAAAACAGAACUCUUACGACAAUUGCGACGAGAUUGUUGAGUCCAUGCCAUCGGUGUACAAUGGAUUCAGCAUAGAACAGUCUCUAGUCGUCUUCUACAAUUCACUCAAUAAAUCGGUAUACUGGUUUAGAGAAUCUUUUCCUGAUUAUUUGUGGUUCUUCAGAAGUUCACUGCGCUCUCACAUAUUCUUCGACGAUUCGUGGGAAGAUCAAACCGAGCGUGGCGUCACAAAACGAGUGCCGAACGAUUUCUUUCGCACUUUCUUUGAAACACUUAGUGGACUUAUUGGGAUGUCGAGAAUCCUGCUGAACACGCCGUAUGGUGGUAGAUUGGUCGUAAAAUUGCCAGCCGGCACAUUGCUAUUUGUACAUCUCAAAGACAAAAAGUUGAUUCGACAUAAGAAAAGGUGGAGUCAGGUGAUGUACAUGUACUAUCUUCUUGGACAUCGCAUAAUGGAUUCGCCAUUAAGUAUUGAAGAUCGUCAACAGAUGGCGGAUAACACAUUCGUAUUAGCAAUUGAUGGUGAUUCCAAGUUUCAACCAGAGGCAGUCAUGCGGCUUAUGAAUCGUAUGAAAACAAAAAGUAACAUUGGAUGUGCUUGCGGGCGUAUUCAUCCAAUUGGAUCAGGUCUGAUGGUAUGGUACCAGAAGUUUGAGUACGCCAUUGGUCACUGGUUUCAAAAAGCAGCUGAGCAUGUGUUUGGGUGCGUUCUGUGUGCACCUGGAUGCUUCUCGCUCUUUCGUGCUUCUGCCCUCAUGGACGACAAUAUAAUGCACAAACUAUCUAGAACUACCGCAGAUGAUUUUUCAGGUAUACAAAAACUGCCCAAGAGCCUCGGUUAUCGUAUUGAGUACGUUGCGGCAUCUGAUGCGGAGACAUAUGCACCUGAGGGAUUUGAAGAGUUUUUCAAUCAAAGACGCCGUUGGACACCUUCAUCAAUCGCAAAUACCAUUGAUUUGCUAGCUGAUUACAAGCGUGCUUCCGCUAACAAUCAUUCAAUAUCCAUGUCAUACAUAGCCUAUCAGUUUAUGGUAGUCUUCUUUUCAAUGCUGGCUCCAGCCAUCAUCUUCGCUAUGCUCGUAUUUGCACAAGUGUCAGCAUUUGGUGUUGAUUCCACUAAAGUGAUGAUUUACAACGGUAUCCCUGUCAGUCUAUUCAUUGUUGUUUGCUUUACAACUGAGUCUAACGUGCAACUGCUUCACGCUAAGCUAAUGUCCGUCGCGUACGCAUUUGUGAUGUUGGCUGUUCUGAUUGCUACAUUGUCCCAGAUAGUUCUUGAAACUGUUGUCUCCCCAGCGUCCAUGUUCAUUGUUUCAAUGGUUUUGAUAUUUUUCGUCGCCGCCUGUCUUCACCCUAAGGAGUUUACGAAUAUCAUAUACGGUAUCGUGUUCUUUCUCAUGAUUCCAUCCACCUACGUGUUUCUGACCUUUUAUUCGCUUAUUAACUUGAAUGUCAUUAAUUGGGGUACACGCGAAGCUGUGGCGAAGGCAACGGGAAAGGUAUUAUUCAUCUUACCCUUCUUGAACAUCAUAGUUUAUUAUUUCUUGCAAACGAUCUCAUUAAAAUAUCAGGUAGUCGAAAUUCGUCGACCAGUAGUGGAAUCAGCAUCAAACAUUGCGACUGAUAAUUAUAUAUGGAUGGACACCGACUACUUACAGAUCUGCGAACGUGGACGUCUUAAGGGAGCAGAGGAGGAGUUUUGGACUCAGCUCAUCCACACCUAUCUAAAGCCAAUUGAAUCGACUCCUCAGCAACAGAGUGCCAUAGCUGAAGGCUUGAUCUCUUUACGGAACAGUAUCGCGUUUGCUAUCAUUUUUGUGAACGCUCUCCUUGUCUUAGCAAUCUAUCUUAUCCAGAAACACAAAAAUGUGCUCAGUAUUCACUGGACACCGUACCAUGGUUUCAAGUGGACAAAAAUGAAUGAGAUAACUGGUCAGUUUGAAGAGACGAAAGAUCCACUGAAAAUUGAUCCGCUCGGAAUGGGAAUCGUCGUCCUCUUAUUUGGAAUACUCAUCGUUCAGAGUGCUGGUAUGCUCAUCCAUCGUCUGAACACAAUGAUAGGAACAUUUCAAGAAAUCGACCAGCUACACGACUUUGUACCCGUGCUAAAGUUGAAGAAAACCGACGAUGAGCGCAUUCUAACUGCCGCUCGUCAAAUGAUAGAUACUACUUCGUACGCACAAAGUCACGCAGCUGAUGGCUAUACAAGGCAUCGUGGACUGGAUGUCGACAACGAUGUCGUUCUUUACAAACUGCAACGUGCUCGACUCACGAAAUGUAUGCAGCGGGCUGAAGCUAAGAAGUCAAUGUAA